CCGCGCCCCCCGCCCGCCGCGCCCGAGGCUCUGGGGCCGCAGCUGCUCGGCGCUGGACUCGCCGCGGCCCUGCGCCUCCGCCCGCCCGGCCGCGCCCCCGGGGGCCAUGGUCGCGGGGCCCUGCGCGGGGGCGGCCCCCAGCGCGGCGCUUCAUGGAGCGGCCCGGGCCUGGCCGCCGGGGGCAGCGCGAUCCCGCGGGGCCCUGUGAGCCCCCAGCGCCACGGCACCAUGUUGCUGGUUGAGAAGACGACCGACUCACCAGCGGCGGAGUUCUCGCUGGUGGAGGACGUGGCCCUGCACUUCGCCUGCUUGAUGGGCCGCCUGAACGAGCAGCGGCUCUUCCAGCCCGACCUCUGCGACGUGGACCUGGUGCUGGUGCCCCAGCGCAGCGUCUUCCCGGCGCACAAGGGCGUGCUGGCCGCCUACAGCCAGUUCUUCCACUCGCUCUUCACCCAGAACAAGCAGCUGCAGCGCGUGGAGCUGUCCCUGGAGGCGCUGGCGCCGGGAGGCCUGCAACAGAUCCUCAACUUUAUCUACACGUCCAAGCUGCUGGUCAACGCAGCCAACGUCCACGAGGUGCUCAGCGCUGCCUCCUUGCUGCAGAUGGCCGACAUCGCCGCGUCCUGCCAGGAACUGCUGGAUGCCCGCUCCCUAGGCCCGCCGGGCCCCGGCACCGUGGCCCUGGCCCAGCCAGCCGCCAGUUGCACCCCCGCUGCACCGUCCUACUACUGCGACAUCAAGCAGGAGGCCGACGCCCCCGGCCUGCCCAAGAUCUACGCCCGCGAGGGCCCCGACCCCUACUCGGUGCGCGUUGAGGACGGAGCGGGGACCACUGAGGGCACAGUGCCUGCUGCCCUCGGGUCGGCCCAGCCCUUCUUCAAGGAGGAGAAGGAAGGUGGCGGCGAGGAGGCUGGCGGGCCCCCUACUGGCUUGUGCAAGCUGGAGGGUGGGGAGGAGUUGGAAGAAGAGCUCGGGGGUCCUGGCGCCUACAGCCGCCAGGAGCAGUCCCAGAUCAUCGUGGAGGUGAACCUGAACAACCAGACACUGCACGUGUCCACGGGCCCCGAGGGGAAGCCGGGCACUGGGACCAGCCCAGCCGCCAUGGCUCUGGGCCGGGAGGACGGGCUGCAGAGACACUCAGAGGAGGAGGAGGAGGAGGACGAAGAGGAGGAGGAGGAGGAAGAAGAGGAGGAGGAGGGUGGUGGCAGUGGUGGGGGCGAGGAGGAGGAGGAGGAAGAGGAAGAGGAGGAGGAAGAGGGUGGUAGUCCUGGAGAGGAGGAAGAUGAGGAGGAAGGGCACAGUGAGCAGGAAGAGGAAGAGGAGGAGGAGGAAGGGCACAGCGAGCAGGAUCCAGAGAGCUCGGAGGAGGAGGAAGAGGAGGAGGAGGGGGAGGCUGGGGCCAGGCAGGGCCCUGCAGGCCCCGGGGGCCGUCGGAGCGGCCAAGCAGAGCCCCCUUCCCACAGCCGCAUGGCCACGAGGUCCCGGGAGAGUGCUCGGCGCAGGGGCAGCCCUGAGCCCGGGGAGUCCGGGCGGCGGGGUGGGAAGCGGCCCAAGCCGCCCCCGGGGGUCGUGUCCGCGGCAGCCCCCGACGGGCUGGGGGCCAAGGUGAAGCUGGAGGAGAAGCAGCACCACCCCUGCCAGAAGUGCCCACGGGUUUUCAACAACCGCUGGUACCUGGAGAAGCACAUGAACGUGACCCACAGCCGCAUGCAGAUCUGCGACCAGUGCGGCAAGCGCUUCCUGCUGGAGAGUGAGCUGCUGCUGCACCGGCAGACCGACUGCGAGCGCAACAUCCAGUGUGUGACAUGUGGCAAAGCUUUCAAGAAGCUCUGGUCCCUCCAUGAGCACAACAAGAUCGUGCACGGCUACGCGGAGAAGAAGUUCUCGUGCGAGAUCUGCGAGAAGAAGUUCUACACCAUGGCCCACGUGCGCAAGCACAUGGUCGCCCACACCAAGGACAUGCCCUUCACGUGCGAGACCUGCGGGAAGUCAUUCAAGCGCAGCAUGUCGCUUAAGGUGCACUCGCUCCAGCACUCUGGGGAGAAGCCCUUCCGAUGUGAGAACUGCAACGAGCGCUUCCAGUACAAGUACCAGCUGCGCUCACACAUGAGCAUCCACAUCGGCCACAAGCAGUUCAUGUGCCAGUGGUGCGGCAAGGACUUCAACAUGAAGCAGUACUUUGAUGAGCACAUGAAGACCCACACAGGGGAGAAGCCCUACAUCUGCGAGAUCUGCGGCAAGAGCUUCACCAGCCGGCCCAACAUGAAGCGCCACCGGCGCACGCACACCGGCGAGAAGCCGUACCCCUGCGAUGUCUGCGGCCAGCGCUUCCGCUUCUCCAACAUGCUCAAGGCGCACAAGGAGAAGUGCUUCCGCGUCAGCCACCCGCUGGCCAGCGACACGCCGCCUGCCGGCCCCGGCCUGCCGCCUGCCCAGGCCCAGGCCCCGGCCCACGCCCUGCCCUUGCUCUCGGGCCUGCCCCAGACCCUGCCGCCCCCACCUCACCUGCCGCCCCCGCCGCCACUCUUCCCCAACACGGCCAACGCUGGCGGCAGGCUGAACGCCAGCAACUAACAGCUGGACUGCACCUGCUGCGCCCGGGAGCCCAGGGGGUCCGCUCCAGGAGGGACUCACCGCCCUCCCCUCUUUCUUGGGGAGGGCCGCAGCAUAGGCCAGGGCUGCUGCCCCAGCCCUGGAAGCGGCUGGACAGGCUCUGGCUCUGGAGGACACCUGCAAAGUGUCCUCUGUUCUGCCA